UCUGAUAACUCUCCCCCAACCAACGACGUGCCGUUGUUGUUUGCUAUGGAUACAAGUGAAACGGAAACGGUAAAAACUCAAAUCAAACAUUUGCUAAACUACUAGUGAAAGUUCCAUAUCAGAGCAUCGGAAGAGCAGCUGUCAGUUUUUGUGUAAACGAAAAGUCCACCACCAGUAAAGAAGUAAAGUGUGCCUCUGCCAAGAGAGGAUGACAGCAGCCGAUUGAAGGGCCAACAGCACCAGUGCAAGUGAGCCCGGGUUUGGAGUUUGUUUUGGAAAACAACAACAACACGACGAGGAAAUAUCGUAAAUCGUAGAUUUGAUUUCCCCCGGAGCCAACAUGUCCCUCACGGUGAGAAUCAACAAAUUUCAGCUGCCGAAAGCGAAGUCCAACCUGCUGGGUCGGGUUGAGUUUCGAGGUGUAGCUCACACAACCACCGAGCUGAACUGUUCGAGCGAGUUCGUCGAUGUUAACCAGAGCUUCAUCUGGCCGCUGGCCAGGCCGGCCGACCCGGACGAGGCGGUGAUUGUCGAGCUGCGCCAGCAGACAACCAAGAUCCUGCUGAAGACCGGCAUCGGCGGAACGGCAAACAGUCGCGGCGGCAGCCGGGGAACCAUUACGAGCAGUACGAAAAUAAUCGGCCGCUUCGUGCUGCUGAUGCAAGGUCUGCUAAAGGAAAACCGACUUCACAUUCAGGAUCGCCUGGUGGACCUCUCCAACAAACCAAUUGACGCCUUCGUCAGCUUCGAUGUCAGCUAUCAAAGUCCGGACGACGCAGCCGGAAACUUCGAGUCGUCUCAUGUGGUCAAAAGUUUGCACCAGCGAUCCAGCAGUAUCGAUGACGAUCAGCAAAUGCUACUGGAUAUCGAGCAGAACAUCGCUAAUCUGGAGAAGAGUCUGAAGGGUGCGACGGGCGCUGGCGACCGGAGAAGCGACGUCGGCGAUGAAGCAACGGCGGGAAGCAGUAGCAAACCGAACAUCCUGAAGCGGGUGAUGUCUUCCGGGUCGACGUCGCUGCACGAGAAGAGCCAGUAUCCACCGGCCAAGUACGAUCGGGCUUCUUCGGACAACGAAUCAUCCUCGAAACCAGCGCGCUCGAUUGCCGAUAAGAAAGUUACGCUGAGAACGGUGCGGAACUUUAUGAAGCUAGGCCGCUCGCGGCAUCCGUCGAAGGAGAGCCGCGGUGACAGCAGCACCGAGGACGAGGGUCGCUCGUUGAUUACGGAUUCCGAGGAUGCCUUAGGAGGUCCGGCCAGUUCCGGACAGCAGAGUCACCGAACGCACACCAACGAACCGUCGACGGCCGUGACGAGCCCCAGUACGGUCGGUGGAAUCCCGGCGCAGCCGGGCUAUGAGAAUCUUUCGCAGGCCGGCAGCGCCCAUUCGAACGCUUCCAGCGACGGCGAGGAAGCCACCAACAACGAGAAGUUGAAGAAAAUCAAAAACCUAGCUAAAUGCAACGAUCACCUAAAGUCGCAGGACUUCCAGGUUUGUGUCACCAUCAUCGAAGCCCGCCAGCUGCCUGGAUUGAACAUGGACCCGGUGGUGUGCAUCCAAGUGGGAGAUCAGAAAAAGUACACCAGCGUUAAGGAGAGCACCAACUGUCCGUACUAUAAUGAGUACUUUGUGUUCGACUUCCACAUGCCACCGGUUAUGCUGUUCGAUAAAAUCAUUACACUUUCUGUGAUACACUCACGUAAAUUUAUGCGCUCCGGAACGGUGGUCGGUUCGUUCAAAAUCGACCUGAAAACGGUGUACGACGCUCCGGACCAUCAGUUUUACCACAAGUGGGCACUGCUGACGGAUCCGGAAGAUUUGGUGUCCGGACCGAAGGGCUACCUGAAGUGUGAUGUCGGCAUCAUCGGCAAAGGUGACACGGUUAAAGUUCCUCCCAAGUCCGAGAAGGACCCCGAUGAUAUCGAGGCGAACCUCCUACUUCCGGAUGGAGUUCCAAUAGAACGGCAGCGAGCUAAGUUUAUUGUUAAAAUUUACCGAGCCGAUGGGCUGCCCAGGAUGAAUUCCUCUUUGAUGGCGAACGUUAAACGGGCCUUUACUGGAGAAACCAAGGAUCUGGUUAAUCCCUAUGUGCAGGUGUCCUUUGCUGGACUCGCCGGUAAAUCGACCGUUAAAAAAGCAUCCUACAAUCCGGUUUGGAAUGAGCAGCUAGUGUUUACCGAAAUGUUUCCUCCACUGUGUCAGCGUAUCAAGAUUCAGCUGCGGGAUGCCGAUCCGAUGAAACCGUCGAUCAUCGGCACGCAUUACAUCGAUUUGAAGCAAAUUUCCAAUGAUGGCGAAAAAGGUUUCCUGCCUACCUAUGGACCAUCCUUUGUGCAUCUGUACGGCUCUACGCGGGACUAUAAUUUGAUCGAUCAAAACUCCAAUCUCAAUACUGGACUCGGCGAAGGGGUCAGCUACCGGGCCCGGCUUCUGCUGGCCAUUCGAACCGAAAUCACCGACAACAUUGAACUGCUGACGGAUAAAAAUGUGGAACUGGAAUCCACACUGCCGAUUUCGGAGUCCUCGUACUGCAAGCACGACGAUUUCUUCAUGUUCGCCAGCGUGCUGGAGGCUUCGAUGAUCGACCGGAAGGUGUGCGAUCGGCCCGUUUACUUCGAACUGAGCAUGGGCAACGCGGGCAACUCGCUGGACGGACACAACGAAAGUGCCGGCAACCUGAGCGACGACGACGAACUGGAAGCGGUCGAUACGACGGCCUACAGCAGUACGACGAGUGCCUCGAAACCGAUCUCGCACGACAAGUGUCACUUCUUUCUGCCGUACUGGGACAAUAAGCCGUGCAUGGACGUGCGGUGUUCGUUUCCGGAUUUGAGGCGGCGGAUGUAUAAUAGUAAUAUGAUUGGGAAGGUUACGGAGCGGAUGGAGAUCGGGUUGGCCGAGACGAAUCUGCUGAUUGAGGAUGAAGAUCCGACGGCGGAGGUUAAGUUGCGGUCGGUGCUGGAGGAGGUUGCGACCAGUUGUAAUAAGUAUGUGUCGAUUACGAAAGGGGCCCUGGUAGGGCCCGGUACGGGUAAGACUAAGUUGGAUAAGGAACGGAUGAAGCUUUGCAUGCGGGAGGUUGAGUCCAUUGGGAAUAUGUCGCGGAAUUUGAGGGCGCUGGUGACGAAGAGUUCGAUGAAGGAACGGUACAAAACGGCUCACUCCUAUUUGGGGAAGUUGCGGUUCUUGGUUGAUGAUCCGCAGCAUGCGCUGCCGGAUGUUUUUGUCUGGAUGAUUGCGAACGGGAAACGGGUUGCGUACCAUCGGAUCAGUGCGAGGGAUUUGAUCUAUUCGACGGUGGAGGAGGAAACUGGGGUUUACUGCGGGAAGGUGCAGACUAUUUUCUUGAAGUUGCCGGGUAAGCUGUCGGAAGGUCCGGCUGGUUGGCAGGUUCGGGCCAAGUUGCACGUUUACCUUUGGUUGGGAGUUUUGAAGCACAAAAAGUACUUCUAUGCGGGUCUUCCGCGGGGUUUUGAACUGUCCUACGAGCUGCAGAAUUCGGAUAAGCCGAACGUUCCGGCUCCGUCGGACGUUCGGUACGUGGAGAAGCACGUCUUUCAGAUGCGGGCGCACGUCUAUCAGGCUCGAUCACUGAUCGGAUCGGAUGCGUCCGGAUUAAGUGAUCCCUAUGCUACCGUUUAUAUUACGGAGUUCUCGCGGACUACGCAGGUAAUCGAGGAAACGUUGAGUCCCACUUGGGAUGAACUGCUGCUCUUUGAUGAGAUCGUGAUCUACGGAGCGAAGGACGAAAUUAAGAAGGAUCCUCCGACGAUUGUGAUAGACAUUUACGAUCAGGAUAAGGUGGGAAAGUCGGAGUUUAUCGGGAGAGCGUUGGCCAAACCUAGGAUUAAACUGAAAGACAAUCACUACCAGAAUCCUGUGUUGGAGUGGUUCGAAAUCACCCGCGGUCUGGACGGAGCUGGAGAACUGCUGGCGGCUUUUGAAAUGUUAGAACUAGGCUCGGACGACAUUCCUCGCCUGACGGAUCCGAAGUACAUCGCAACCGAGUUCCGUGGAGAUAAGACUGGGCCUUCUACGAUGACAAUUCUUCCCGUUCCACGUGAGGUACGGCCGAAUCUCGCCCGCUUCCGAAUUGAAGUUCUGUUCUGGGGUUUGCGAGACGUGAAACGGGUCCAUUUCAUGACCGUUGACAAACCCCGCAUCGACAUCGAAUGUUCCGGAAAAAUCCUAAACUCGAGUAUAAUUCAAAAUGCGAAGAAGAAUCCAAACUUUUCCAACAUGCUGAAGUUCUUGGACUUGGAGCUUCCGUUGGAGGAGCGCUACGCUCCUCCCAUCACGAUUCGAGCGGUCGAUUGCCGAUCUUUUGGCCGCUAUACCCUGGUGGGGACGCACCAAAUAACAUCCAUUCACAAGUACAUGCAUCGACCUCCUCCGAAGGAGGAAACCCGACGGGUAAACCAAAGCGGACAGAUCGUUCUCUCGCGACAAACCUGCGACCUGCUGCCAAACAGCACAACAAUGCCUAACGAUAGCUCCCUGAUGCAUUCGAUCUCCGGUGACAACCUGACGCUGUACGGUGCGGCUUGCGUCAGCAAGGUGGCCAAAGGAAAAAAGCCGAAGAAAAACCGUAUCGACCACGAGGACACGUACGACACGGACGACGACGACGAAUCGAGCAAAGACUGGUGGACCAAAUAUUUCCUCUCGUACGAGAAGCUAAUCGAAGCAUCGAAACCCUCGACGACGAACUUCCGCGGUGGCCUCACGGAGAACCAUGUGGCGCUGGCCACCACCGAAGGUGGCAGCAAAAAGCUGGGCGUCAAAACUUCCAAGUUCGUCUCGAAGCUAAGCCCGAAGACGACUCCGAAAAAGAACGUCAACCCGAACACUGCCACCUGCCAAAUCUACCCGUGCGAACUGGAGACCCUGCCGGAGUACAACAACUUCAAGGAGUGGCUGCUGUCGUUUCCCCUCUAUCGGGGUAAGAAGACCGGCGACAGUACGGAGGACGAGAAUCGAAUCGUGGGCUUCUUCAAGGGUGCCAUCAAGGUGUACAAACUCCCAAUCGAGAAGGGUAUGGAACCGGCCUUUGCACCGACUCUUCCGCUGAACGACCCGAUUCACGUGCUGGUUCGGGUGUACGUCGUUAAGGCGACCGAUCUGCAUCCGAUGGACCUCAACGGGAAGGCCGAUCCGUACGUAGUACUCCAGCUCGGGAGCAAGCGCAUCUCGGACAAGGAGAACUACGUCAGCAAGCAGCUGAAUCCGGUGUUCGGAAAGUGCUUCGAAAUCGAAGCAACCUUUCCGCAGGAUUCAAUGCUGACGGUGCAGAUCUACGACUGGGAUCUGGUCGGUUCGGACGAUCUGAUCGGUGAAACUCGGAUCGAUCUGGAGAAUCGAUUCUACAGCAAACAUCGGGCGUUGUGCGGAAUCGCUGCGCGAUACGAAGACACCGGCUACAAUCAGUGGCGUGAUCCGAUGAAACCGACGCAGAUACUGACGAAACUGUGCAAGGAGAACAAACUGGAACCGCCGCAGUACCUGCAGGAUCGGGUUACGAUAGGACGGUACUGUUUCACCUUCGCCCACGAGGAAAUCCAAGCCUGGAACGGUCCAACGACGUGUAAGUUCCGCGACGAACACCUAGCGCUGGCGGUUCUGCACCGCUGGGAAGAGAUUCCGCGCGUUGGUUGUAAGAUCGUUCCGGAACACAUCGAAUCCCGGUCGCUGUACAGCAGCGACAAGCCGGGCAUCGAACAGGGCAAGCUGGAGAUGUGGGUCGACAUGUUCCCGAUGGAUAUGCCGCUGCCCGGUCCACCGGUGGACAUUUCCCCCCGGAAACCGAAAUCCUACGAGCUGCGGAUAGUGAUCUGGAACACGGACGACGUCGUGCUGGAAGACGAUGCCUUCUUCACCGGUGAGAAGAUGUCCGAUAUCUACGUGAAAGGAUGGCUCACCGGACCGCAGGACAUCCAGGCAACGGACAUCCACUACCGUUCACUAACAGGCGAAGGCAACUUCAACUGGCGGUUCAUCUUUCCCUUCGACUACCUAGCGGCCGAAGAGCGGAUCGUGCUUUCGCGAAAGGAAUCCCUCUUUAGUUGGGACGAAACGGAAGUUAAAAUCCCAGCUCGGCUCGAGCUGCAGGUUUGGGAUGCGGAUCACUUCUCGGCCGAUGACUUUCUGGGAGCGAUUUCGUUGAAUCUGAAUCGGUUUCCGCGGGGUGCAAAGUCCUCUAAGCUUUGCACGCUCGAUAUGCUGAAAACGGACAACGUACCGAUGGUGAACAUAUUCAAGCAGAAACGCGUUCGCGGUUGGUGGCCGUUUUUCAUCAAGAAGGAAAAUGAUGAGAUGGAACUGACCGGGAAGGUUGAGGCGGAAAUUCACUUGCUAACGAAGGAGGAAGCGGAAAAGAAUCCAGCCGGUUACGGGCGGAACGAACCGGAUCCACUGGAGAAACCGAACCGCCCGGAUGCAUCGUUCAUGUGGUUCCUGAAUCCGCUCAAAUCGAUCCGAUACAUCAUCUGGCACAACUACAAGUGGCGCAUAAUCAAGGGCCUGAUCAUCAUCGGGCUGGCCAUCCUGCUGCUGCUAUUCUUCUACGCCAUUCCGGGCUACUCGGUGAAAAAGAUGCUCGGAGCGUAAUCCGACACACGACGCGACCCACACACACAGCGGGGGGGGAUUUUAUUUUUCCUUUCCACUCGGUUUUGUGUUUUUCUUCUCUGCCUCUAGGGCGCGGAAUCAUAUGAAAAUCCUUUUCCCAAAAUGAGUAUGAGACUGUAUACAUCUGGUUUUCCCCUUCCCUGUCUGUCCCUGUGUAGUUUUGGUGACUUUUAACUUCCCUAGUUCAGAGGCUUUAAGCGGGAAAAGUAGUCAGAAAAUUAGUAACAUCGAACCGUUUUUGCAUAUCAGUAUUAGACCAACAACCAAUCAAGAGAAAAGUUUUAACUAGGAAAAGAUUUAAACAAACAUUCAAACAUUUAGGGAGUAUCCGAAAGAUGUGUAAAUAUUCUUCCCAACUAUUUUCCGCACACAUUUGCUCUAUCAAAUCGACUUUAAGAGAGGCUAAAUAGCAUUCAAUUAUUAUCUUCAAAGUUACAAUCAUAUGCAACAAAACAAAAAACUCUAAAACUGAAAAAUCAAGAUGAAUUCAAUCGUUAAGGCACAAUUUUUCACAUAUAUUCUAAACUAUCAUCGGGCUUUCUAGUGAAAUAUAGUUAGUGAUGAAAAAUGUAAAGUAAAAAUCCAUACACAGUUUACGUCACACACACGCACGCACACACUUAAACACAACCAACCAAAUAACAAUCAACAGCAUCCAAGCAACCCUCGUCGUUAGGAAACUUUUUCAUCAUAUCGAUUAAAAAAGCUCUAAUUCACACAGACCAAUCGAUUCUAAUGGCAACUAUUUACAGAAAACUUUUACUAAAAACAAUAUCAGGUAUUAUUAUUAUUAUUAUCAUUUACUCUGCAAUUUAAGAAGAGUAGAAGUGAAACCGACUUAUGACUUAAACUGACUAUGAUUGUUAUCGGAUGAAUGUUAAUCUUUAUUGAAAUUGUUCUAUCUUGUUUUCAUCUUGUUUGAGGGACAAAUCAAUUAUUGUUUUGUUUUGUUGUUGACCAAGAUUUAAAUCAAGUUUAAUAGCAGCUGUAUAUUCAACUAACAUUUCUAUUCGAGCGCCCUACGGGGAUGAAAGUCAACACCAAAAAAACACACGAAGAAACUUUCCUCCCAACGAUGGAACAAAAAAAUAUCCACCUUGUUGAUGAUUCUCGCAAAAAUUAACGGAAAAAUUGUCUCUUAAAAACUACCGAAUCUAAUGGUGAACUGUAAUUUGUUAAUAAUACCAAGAUAUUUAAUAUUUUAACAUACACAUUUACACAGAAUAA